GUGUGAUGACGUUUCCUCUUCCAGCGAGCCGGAUACAUCUGCUCGGCUCGGCUCAGCUCAGCUGUUGGUGUGGGGAGCAAGCUAACUGUCAGUGAGCAACCCGACUGCCGAGCAGACCGAGCCGUGCGGACCGUGAAUGAAGCACCGCGCCUCCGUGCGUCUCCCGUGGCCGCGAUGGCAGCGACACACACGGAGGAUGCUGAGGCUGUUCGGUGCGCUGGUGCUCCUCGGACUGGCCCUGGCGUGCAUCACUUCCUGGGUGCUGGACAGCUACAACACGGCUUGGCAUCCGAAGCGGAGCGUUCAUCAGCCGACUGCCGGUGAUGGAGCUGAAUCAACGGGUAGUUCUCCACCAUUUCCCGGCGGCGAGUUGGACAAUAUAUUCUGGUUUAUACAGGUGUCUGACAUUCACAUUAGUCGGUUUCACGACCCCAGACGCAUUCCAGAUUUUGAAAAGUUCUGCACUGACACUAUCGAAGUGAUCAAGCCAGCUCUGGUGCUUGUAACAGGGGAUCUGACAGAUGCUAAAACCGAGAACAAGGUGGGUUCCCUCCAGCACGAGGUGGAGUGGCAGGCAUACCACAACAUCCUGAAGAAGUCACGAGUGAUGGAGCGCACUCGCUGGAUAGACAUCCGCGGAAAUCAUGACGCCUUCAACAUAAUGUCACUGGACAGCGUCAACAAUUACUACCGGAAAUACUCAGCUAAUCAGAAAGUAGGCUCUUUCCACUAUGUUCACAAAACUCCCUUUGGCAACUACUCCUUUGUUUGCAUGGAUGCCACUCUGACUCCUGGACCCAAGCGACCAUACAAUUUCUUUGGCAUUCUCAACCGGACUCAGAUGGACUUGCUGGACACGUUCAGAGUUGAGAGUCUGGAAAGCAACCAGUCGAUCUGGUUCGGGCACUACACCACCUCCACCGUCGUCUCCCCGUCUCCUGGAGUGCGAGACAUGAUGAGAUCUGCAGUUGCCUAUGUCUGUGGUCACCUGCACACACUGGGAGGCCUGAUGCCCGUCCUCCACAGCCGACACCCAAAAGGCACACUGGAGCUGGAGCUGGGUGACUGGAUGGACAACCGCAGGUAUAGAGUUCUGGCCUUCGACCAUGACCUGCUGAGUUUCUCUGACCUGAGUUUUGAGAAGUGGCCUGCCGUGCUCAUCACCAACCCCAAGAACGCACAGUACUUGCACCCAGGAGUGGAGCCGCUGGCUCGGAUACGAAGAUCGACACACAUCAGGAUCUUGGCCUUCUCUGAGGCUCUAAUCACUGCAGUGCACGUGAGCAUAGACGGGGAACCUCACGGGAAAGGCCGCUCUGCUGGAGGUCCUCUCUAUGUUCUGCUUUGGGAUCCAUCUCUCUACCUCACCGGACUGCACACAAUCAGAGUUAAAGUGGAGGACUCGGCAGGACGGUCAACAGUGCGGGAACAGCACUUUACUCUGGAGGACAGCCUGACGCCCAGCUUUGGUUUCGUGCAGUCCUUCAUCCUCCUCACGGACCACUACAUCCUGAGCCGAGUGGCCUUCGUAUUCAUGAUGCUGCUGAAUGUGGGCGUGCUGCUGGCCUGUCGGUUCCUGCGUGUUCCUUCUGGCAGAGGAUUGACGUCUCAAGCGUGCGUGUCGCUUCAUCUCGUCAGUAAAAUGGACGCUUUCUUCUACUCCCUGCUGUUCUUCAACCUGUGUACAGCCGUAGGUCCAUGGUUCAUUGGAGAAUUGAUAGAUGGCCACAGUGGUGCCUGCUUUGCCUUUGGGGUUUUCAUCGAUGGACACUUCCUGGAGGGCAGUCUCACUUAUGUUGUCGGAGUGGUUCAACUGCUCUUCUUCAACAUGCCGCUCACCGCUUACCUCUGCUGGAGCCUCCAUCAGCGUUGGCGCGGCAUGACCUUCCGAUCCCACUUCCUGCGGCCGGGCUGCCGCUGGCGGACUCUGGGGCUUCACAUCUUCAUGCUGCUGCUGCUCACCUGGCAGGCACACUCGUGCUACUUUCUCCUGCAGACCUACGGCCACGUGGCCUUUUUCCUGUCUCCUGUCCGAACGUGGGCGCUGGUGCUCAGCCUGCUAUUGGUCUACCGAGCCUGGACAAGCCCCGCCCCUCUCAUUCAUGACAAUGGAAAGCGCGUCUCUCCCUCUUGACAGUAAUUGCACUGUGCAACCACAAUAUCCAUUGAUCCUGACUCAGUUAUAUUUUGCCAUCUCUUUCCUUUCACUCUCGGCCUCAAUUUGCCCCAUCCGUUCUCUCUCUCCCUCCACAGACACUUCACAGUAAACCACUCACUAUCCCGUUUCUAGAUAGUCAAGUUUACGUAAUAUGCAUGUUACUGUAAAGCACCGGUGAGCACACCACUUGCCGUAUUCAUCGCAAUGUGUAAGACACAAGCAUUGGAUAUUUCGAAGGGUUAAAUAGCGUAUUGAAGCUACAUGAGGACAAAUCCAACGUCUGCUGCAGUUGACAGUGUUCUGUAUAAGAGCUGUACUCUGCUGGGGUUUAAGCUGACUUGAGCUUUAGCACUUUUUUGGAAGUGUUGCCUUGGCCUGAGUGCCACUUCACCACUGCCAAAGGAUGAAUAAGAAAGAUUUCACCUGCUGUUUCUUCCCCGUGAAAACCGUUCUCAUUCACUAAUGAAGGCUGAACGUGCCAAACCAGAGAUGAUGAUACCUAGACUGUAGGUUUUUCUUACUUUCCCACAGCUGACGGAACGUGGUUGUGGAGACAGACUGUAGAUAAUGCAGCCUAGAUGUACAGGAAAUCCAAUGGGAGAAAUGAUUCAUGAUUUAUUACUUACCAUAGUCGAUCUGCGUACAAGAAGUUCAUUAUUCAAACUGUUUUUAAAUUUAAGAAAAAGGAUCCCACUGCACACAACUGCCACCAUAAAUGUAUUAUAAUCACAUUUUAGACUUAGUCAUAACAAAAACCUUCAAUGCCGCUUCACUAUGACACAGAAGCUGGCUUGACCCCUCAUGCUCCUUCAAACGUGACUACAGAACGCAGCUGUUUGUUUCUCAGGAAUGUGAGCACUUACAAUAGGCUGGCCCCGGUAGUAUUUCAGGACAAUAUUUUUUAUAUUUCAUAAUAGCUCCGUGAAUUUAAAAAGUAAAAAGAAACAAAAAAAACAGACAAAAAAACAACAACAAACGUUUGAUGGCAAGAAAAUAAGAUUCAUUCUGAUUGUAUCGUGGUCUGUUUGUAAAACUGCACCGGAAAUGGGCAUUUUCACCUCGCUCGUGGUGAGUGUGGGAAGUUGUGGGAGUUUGAAGCAUUCCCUGCACUAGAGGUUAAUUGUAUGUGAAAUUACAUGUCUGUAUUGUUCACAAUGUUGAUUUUUUUUUUUCUCUCUUUUUUUAUGGUGAAGGUGUGAGAGCAUAAACUGUUGUGUUCCUCUUCAAUUCAGUCAUUUCUCCUCUAGUACCAGGUUUCUGGAUUUCCACAAGAACCAACUGAUAAAAGUACAAAAAUGGACUGAAUGGUCAUUUUCUCCAAAAAUGUCCCAGAGUUAGUACAAAAAUCUGCUCAGUGCUUUUUUCAAAACACACUGAGAAAAUGGAUUUAGAGGCAAUGAUGAUGGUAAUAGUUUGCAUAGAUGAGUAUAUUCCAUUAUAAGGGAGCACGAUUAAGUGAAUAACUCAAGCAUAUGUAUGUUGAUAUGUUAUUGGAUAGUUCCAACUGUCCACAAGGAGGCAGUGUUAAAUGGAUUUUAAGUACUGUACUGCAUUUUGCCACCAUUUCCAAACUAUACAUGUGACUUGUUUUUAUUUUUUUUCCACAAACAAACACAGUAUAAAAGCUCGCUGUUUAUGGUUUACGCUAAAUCUGGUUGUCUGGCCAUUUUGUACUUUAAAUUUAACAGGCACAAACUGACUGCAUCGCCUCCACUGUAAAAGUGACGUGCUGGUGUUAACUUGACUCUUUCUACACCUGCUCUUAUGUUGAAAAUACUGAAGCGUAUAAUAAAUAUGAAUGAAGAGUAUGA